AUGUGCGGGAAUCCCGGAUCCAGCGGCGAUGAACAGCCGGUGUCUGCUUCCCGACCCCUCACCACGCAACACUGCCAACCCUGCCGCCCAGACAGACACUCCUGCGCUCCAGCUAUCUCCCGUGGAGGAAUGGGCAGCAGCAAGGGAUUAAACACACUCACCCCUCUCACCACGCAAUAUGAUGGACUGAUCCUUAUGUAUUAUGCUGGACCCACUCUUGUCAAGCCCGGGGACUGUGGAGCCAUCCCCAUGAUCCGCAGCACAGUCCCCGGGAAUCGCCCGGGGACUGUGCUGCGGAUCAUGGGGAUGGCUCCUGUCCCUCCUGUCUUCUACAUAAGUAACAACGACCUCUUCACACUCUGA